UGUCAAUGUCAUUAUUCGAUUAUUUAUUGUCAAAUUAAAAAGUUUGAUAUUCGAUUUUUCUCUCACCUCGUAAAAAUAAAAAUAAAACAGUCCCUCGUCUAGUCGUUAGUCAGUUUAUCGUUGCAUCUUGAAAAAUGCCAAUAGGUCAGGCCGAAAUGGUACAAUCAACUCGUAAAUUGAAUCAAUAAAUAAUAGGUUCGUUAUGGAGGACACUUUAAGUGUAAAGUCAAACGAAUCAGCGCCAACUAGUGACGAAUUCGAUUUUGUAUCUGACAAACCGGGAGCCAGCAAAACACCCACCCUGGAUUUUAAAGGGGGCAUGAACGAUUUAAGGGAUGCUUUGAGCGAGGUUUUGCAAGAAACUGACAACAUGACUGAUAGCAUCGAUGGACAAGAAUCUAACAGAAAAGUUGGUCAUUCUACUUUUUAUGGAGAUCCUGUGGGAUUGGGCCAGGACCCUUUGAGUCAAGAGCUAAGUCCCACUGAGAAACAGGAUUCUAUGAAGGCAGAUCAUAGUUCUGAGGAUGAUGAAUCUUGUAUUUCAGAUGUCGACCAAGAUUGCACCAUUUUUGCUGGAAUUACUUAUUUGGGAGCAGCCCAAAUUAACGCCCCCAAGUCUGAAGUUGAAAUUCAUAGGAAUAUGGCUAUUUUGAAUGAGCAAAGUAUCGAGCAAGGCAUUAAAGUUUCUGUAUCUGUGCCUUUGUCUAGCCAAGGGCUUGUUGUCUUGUAUGAUGGCCUAUCAAAUUCAGUCAUAUCUCGGUAUGAAAUUCACCGCAUUUUAUUUUAUGCAAGAGGGUCUGUGGAUAGUAAAGAAGCCGGAUGUUUUGCUUUUACUUGGUCUCACGGAGACACACAGGAAACAGCUAUUUUUCAGUGCCAUGUAUUUCGAUGUGAUAUAGUGGAAGCUGUGUCAAGGGUAUCAGCAUGUUUUGCUAAAGCAUUUCAACGUGUGCCUAGAUCUAUGAGCAGCAGCGUUACUUCUGCUGCUGAUAUGAUGAGUGGCUCUAUAAUUACCCUCCCAGAAGCCAGGACUUUAAUGUAUGUUUUUGAGGUUAACUUGGAAGUUAAAGAGGAUGAUGGAAAGGGUUCAUAUUCAACAGUCGGUAAAGACAGGAAUGGCUUCAGAUUAAAAACCAAUUUAGAAAAACAAAUAUCAAUUGGUAUCAAGCAAGUUUCUGAUAAUGGACCACAGUUGAUAAUAGAAAGAUGUUUUGGAGUGUUAGUGGCUCCUGGAAGACACGUUAAGCAUUCUGAUAUGCAGCUUUUGGAAAGGAAAGAGCAAAAGAAUGCUUCUUCAGACAAUAACUGCUCUAUGAUUUUGGCUACAUGGGAUCCCACAGAGGAAAAUUUUGAACCUUUGAAUGUUGAAACUCCAAAGGAAACUAAACAGUAUAUGACUAUAGCUAUUGAUUUGGUUAUUAGGGGCAUUCAAGAACCAGUGAGGUUUUUAAUAGAGACUCCAGUUCGUAUUUUCAAUCAGAGCGAAAGGAAUUUCUGGUAUUUUCAAAGGAAAACUUUAAUACAACAAUUUUACCUUAAUCUCAGAGAGAAUAUAACAAGUGAUCUCAACGAAGUCGUUUACGAAGUCCUAAACAUGGAAACUUCCGGUGAAUUGGACAGAAAUUUACUGAAUCUCAAUUUGAAUUUGUCCAGCUUAAUUCAAUCUCCCAGUAUUACUUCUAUUGAUACUUUAACACCAAAAGAAGAAUAUCAUUCAGAUGGUGAUGAACCCUUGCUAAGUGGCACUGGCCUAGUAUCAAAAGAUUGUGCCGAAGAUGUACUAGAAUCAUGGUCCGAUCUUCUUACCAAAUGGAAGCAGACACAACAAAGACCGAAGCAGCUGGCAAGUUUAGUAAAACUUGGCAUCCCAGAAGCCCUAAGAGGCGAAGUGUGGCAGCGUUUAGCAGGAGUCGAAGAAAACGGCGAUAUGAUGGAACAAUACAGAGUUUUGAUCUCCAAGGAGUCGGCCUGCGAAAACGUGAUCCAACGCGACAUUGCCCGUACUUUUCCUGCCCAUGAUUUCUUCAAGGAAGCUGGUGGAUUGGGCCAGGAUUCUCUAUAUAGAGUAAGCAAAGCUUAUGCUGUAUAUGAUACUGAAGUUGGGUACUGUCAAGGUCUAAGCUUCCUAGCCGCUACUCUUUUGUUACAUAUGCCUGAAGAACAAGCCUUUUGUGUUCUAGUCAAACUGAUGUACGAAUACAGGUUGAGAGAUUUUUACAAGCAAGGGUUUGAGAAUCUUUAUUUGAGACUUUAUCAACUAAACAGACUUAUGGAAGAACAACUGAGUCCCUUAUGGCACCACUUUACUGAACAUAGAAUAGAAACCCAUAUGUUUGCGUCUCAGUGGUUCCUAACUCUAUUUACUGCCAGAUUUCCUUUGUACUUUGUUUUUCAUAUAAUUGACGUUUUUCUCUUACAAGGCAUAGAUACCCUCUUUCAAAUGGCCUUAGCAUUAUUGAUGGCUUGCAAAAAGGACCUUUUACAAUUGGAUUUUGAAGGAAUUUUAAAGUAUUUCCGUGUAUCUUUGCCUAAGAAAUGUAGAAGCGAAGAAGCAGCUAAGCAACUUAUUAAAUUGGCUUGCAGCAUUAAAGUUAAAAAAUUGAAAAAAUACGAGGCUGAUUUUAUUACACUUAAAGAGGCCCAAGAUCGCAGAGAGAAGGAGGCCAGCGAAGUGGAGAAACUCAGAAUGACCCUGCAGAGACUCGAAGAGGAAAAGAAGCUGAUGUCCGAGGAGAUCAGUCAAUUGAAAGAGAUGUUGAAACGAGAGGUGGAUGAAGCAGAACGAGAACAGAAAAAUAAUAGUCAAAUCGUAAAUGACUACAAAAUGGUCAGGCAACGCCUGGACAUGCAAUUGAGUCUUGCUAGACAGGAAUUGGAGAGUCUAAAAGAUAAAAUAACAGAUUGUCCAGAAUGUUUCAAAUUUGCUGAAAACAACAGCGCAAAUAAACACAUAGGCUCCGGAGAUCAAACUACAGGAGAAGAGAGGAUAAGAGAGUUAGAGCUGGAAUUGGCACAGACCAAAUUGGCUCAUGUCGAGGCGGAAUGUCGAAAUCAAAAUCUUACACAUCAGCUGCGUUCCAUUGAACAAGAACUGUCUAAAAAUAGCUGGCCUCCGUGGAUGAGCAAAGCACUAAGUUCCAUUAAAGAGAACAAACCAAGAACAGGGCAUAAAUACUAGGCACAUAUUUUUAAUGUCAAACGAGAGGUCGCCAAUAAACCGAAUCUCACCUCGGCCGCCUCAAACCAGUCCACCUUCAUUUCUCACAUAAAUAACGUUUACAGAAGAGAUAGUGUACCUUUGAGGAAUCCUGAAAAAAGCAACAUCCUCAGAGAUGACCCUGUGAGGAGGGAUUCCGCUCCUGUAAUCAAAGAUUCGCAGAGUUGCAACAGCUUGAAAACCCAAAAUUAGGUUUAUUGGUUGUUUAGUUUUAGCGGUUAAAGCGUUGAGAUUCUAUUUUUUUACAAAAUCUCAUUUACAAAGAUGCUGCUUCAGUUUUUACUUUUUUAAUUCAAAUAGCAAUUAAGUGUUUGUCAGGCUUUUGAUGUAAUCUUUUUUUUUAUAUAUAAAAGCUUUAUCAGUUUAUUCUUGUCCAUGUUAUACUCGAAACGAUAUUAGUAUAAUGGUAUUGUAUCUCUUUAUGAAUAAUUAUUUUUGACUGUAUUGUAACAGAGAUAUUUUUUAACUCAAAACUAUAACCGCCAAUAAUAUGGUUUGCUACUUAACUUGCAAAAAUUUAUAUGUUUAUAACAUAUUCAUUCUCCACAAAUAUCAAUGUUACUUUUUCAUAAUGAUGAAUCAAUUUAAGUAGCAACUUCAAUUAAUGUAAGAUAUUUUUUUUUUGUACAGUUGUUUAUACAUAAUAUACUGGAGUAUGUACUUUGAAUCGUUUUGUUUGCACCGAAAUAAUACCAACUGAAAAUAACACCUAUUACACUAUUGUUUGAAUAUUAUUUAGUUUCAAAUGGGCUUGGUAACAGUGUUAAUUUUCACCUCCAUGAGGUCACGAAGCGUUAUUUUUCUUUCAAAUAAUCUAUAUCUACUGUUUCCUUAUCAAUUUCAGUGGUAUAAUAAUAAGAGCAGGCCAUAUAGGCUUAAAUAUUUUGAGUCAUAGCCAUGUUUCAUUAGUGAUAUAGUCUUUAGUUUUCGUGAUAGUUUUUCUAUGUUUAAGUUAUUAUUUAUUAACAAUGUUGCGUACACAUUCAAAAUAUAUUCAAAUGCACUUCUUUUUAA